UUUAUCGAUUCACUCGCACAGUUGAAGAAAGUUGACAAGAAGAUUAAAAAACAUAUAUAAACGAGUCAAACGCACAUACAUGUACCUGGAUUAUCGAAAAACAGAUGUGGAUUAUUUGCUUGCACCAACGUAACUUUGUUUUGUGUUGUGAUGAGGCUGUGAAUCCAUACACAUAUUGGUGUCAACGUUAGAAGUCUCGCAGUGUUUUGGCUAUCAAUGUAAAAAAAAAUUGUUUUGGAACGUAUUGCUCUUGUUUCAUCAGCCCAGUAACCAGAAUGGGUCAGACUUUGUCAGAACCAGUAACAACCAAAGAUUCCUACAAAUGUGAAAAUAGCCAGGUCAGAGUUGGCUCCUCUUGCAUGCAAGGAUGGCGAAUAAACAUGGAAGAUGCCCACACUCACCUCUUAUCAUUACCAGGGGACAAAGAUGCCAGUUUUUUUGGAGUCUUUGAUGGACAUGGAGGAGUGAAAGUGGCACACUAUGCUGGAAACAAUUUACACAAGAAGGUGGUAACACAGUCAACUUAUUCUCGAGGGAAUGUAUCCGAAGCAUUGAGGCAAGCCUUCCUUUCUCUUGAUGAAGAAAUGAUGAAAGAUGAGUCACUGAAAGAUGACCUGGCUGGUACAACAGCUGUUGUUGUGUUAUUGAAAGAUGGAAAAAUGUUUUGCGGCAAUGUAGGAGACUCACGGGCUGUGGCCAGUGUUGCUGGAGAAGUGGAACAACUGUCCUUCGAUCACAAGCCUAGCAACGAGGCCGAGUCUCGCAGAAUCACUGCUGCUGGUGGAUGGGUUGAGUUUAACAGAGUGAAUGGCAACCUUGCCUUGUCCAGAGCUUUAGGAGAUUUUGUCUUUAAGAAAAACGAGAAGAAGAGGGCUGAAGAGCAGAUUGUGACAGCUUACCCUGAUGUGAUUGAGAAGCCCAUCACACCAGACCAUGAGUUCAUUAUCCUUGCAUGUGAUGGCAUCUGGGAUGUGUUGACAAAUCAAGAAGUGGUAGAUUUUGUGCGCCGCAUUGCCCAGCAAAUGGAGCCUGAUGUGAUAUGCGAGGAACUGAUGAUGCGAUGCUUGGCUCCUGACUGUCAGAUGGGAGGACUGGGCUGCGACAACAUGACUGUCGUCCUUGUGUGCUUUCUGCAUGGGGGUUCAUACUUGGAUUUGGCUCGUAGAUGUUCAAAACCCUCCCGAGGAGGUCCUGCACCACACCUCCGUGAUCUACACCACAAAGUCUUUGAAUUCAAGUAACCAACUGGAUGAAGUCAUGAUGCCUGGAAUACCUACUGACACAUUUGUAGUGUGUGUGUGGAAAGUUUGCGUCAAGUUUCCAGUGCAAGGUUGAAGUCAACAUUUGAGAGGGAGGUGGGGCAGGGAACCCCCUGAAAAACUUUAGAGGAAUUGUUGUCAUGUUUCUGGCUGUGGGUGGGGGUAGGGUGUGAGAUAUUGAUUUUUUGCUGCUAUUAAUGGGUAAGUUUCUUGAAGCAUGAAUCAUUUUGGUAUUAUUUCAGUGCUAGUGGAAAGUAAUAUUAGUCCCAGCAUCUGUUCUGGCUAUUGUCUUCAGCUGUAUAUUACAACAUAUACCUAGCUUUUUUGAUAACGAUCUCAUUGUAUCAUUGGUGAAAUAAAGUUUGUGUAUUUUAAUACAAGUAUCUUAGGCUGGCAAACAUGCCAGAGUGUCAUUGUUUCAUGAGAACAUUGAAUGGUGCAUUAUUGCUUGUUAUGUAUCAGUAGUGCUUCUUUAAAUAUCUGUUCUCUUCAGCAUCGUGUGGCAUGGUCAUCUCCAUCGGUUUUUGUUGAUAUUUUAUAGUGCAUUGUUGGGGGUUCAUUUUUGAUGUGACAGGUAUGCUGACUGGGAGGUAGUGGGGGUUAGUCAUACCACCAAAUGACUAUUGAAGAACAGGUUUCCAAUUUUUUAUAUGUACCACAUUCAAAAAUUGUUUCAGGUUGAAAGUGAAACAUUUUAUUUAUGUGCUUUUAAAAGUUACUUGCAUAGCUCAUGGAGACAUUUUUGUUGUGCUUGGUGGAAGUGGUAACUUGCAACAGAAGUGGUAUACAGAAGCAAGAGCAUCAGAAUCAGUGACAGCGUAAAUCUACUUACCACUAAAGUCCUUGAAAUGCUUAAAAACAAUGUCAGUAACUGUGUCCAUCACCAUUGCUAUUUUACUUUUGUAGCAACUGAGAAUAAAACCAGUAGUCAGUGGAAACCUGUCUGAAGAAUUAAGUGCUCAAUUCUGGUCUCUGUAACUAGGUUCUUAAAUUUAUUUGUUCAUUGUGUGUGUGUGUAUAUAUAUAUAUGUGCGCAUGCAUAUAUUCAGUGUGAAUGCUUAAAUGUAUUUCAGAUUUAUUACCAUACUGUCAACAUUGCUAAUAAGUAAGCAUAAGGGUGUAUAAGUUUAAUUACAGAAUAGCAGGCUGGCAUAGGUGCAUAAAUCUGCGACUUUUAUAUAUGUCAUUGCAAGCUGAAUUGUUUGAAAAAUUUUGUGUAGAUUUGUGGAAUACUUUGUGUGUGAUGCAUGGAUGCGUGGUAGGAGAGAGAGAGAGAAAGGGUAAAAGAUGUAUACUUGUGGGCACAUGCAUGUGUGCAAGCAUGCACUUAUAAAGACAUUUACAUGCUGCAUCAAGUAAUGCUGUUUAUAAUGGAAUGUUUUCUUUGAAGUGGUUCAUGUAUUCACAUAUUACAAGAAAAAUGCACUAUAUUUUUUUGUGAUGUUGUUGACCACAUUACCAUUUAUACAGUUAAAUAAUGAGUGUGAAGACUGCAUUAAGUUCUGAUGCAACUUAAAAAAUCUGUAUGCUGUCUAGCAAUAACAACAUGUAUGCAGGAUCAAAUGGAAGGGGAUUAACUUAUACAUGCUGGGCUGUCUAUUUUAGGAACAAUGUUCCUGACAUUACCUUGCUCUCAUCUGUGGUGAUGAGUAGGUAGGCAUUGUUGGUGUCAUCCAGCAAAAGCGUAACUUUCAAUAAAGGAUAUGCUUAUGCUGCUCAUAAAGAAGUGAAAUCAUUUCUGUGAUAAAAAGUCUUAACAGACUAUAAUUAUGCUAGUUUCACUAUCCUCUCACUGAAGAUAUACACUUUGCUUAGAGAAAUUUUAUGGCAUCAGAAUUUUUAUCCCUUUUGAAUGUUUUUUUGUAUUCUUAUUUGAAAAGUGUUUAUUUAAAAACAAGGCAGUUAUAAAUUUGCUGCUGUCUCAAGUCACAAAUGUCAGUUGGCCAGCAAGCCAUUCUCAGACUUUAUUAAAGUUUCUCAUACAUUGUAUUGCUACCAAACUGUUAAAUAUAGCAUUUUUUAAAAAUUGAUAAUUUGAAAGAUACUUAUGUUUUAAGUUGUUGCCAUUUCUGGUUUAGUAAAGCUAUCAAACAUGACAUGUUACUUUAGCAAGAGAUGAAUAACCUGUGUUGCUAUGGUAGUCAUACGUGAAAUAUUAAUUUCCAGUAAUUAUCAUCCCAAACUGAGUAUUCUUGAGGCACCAUGAAAGUUGUAUAGGCUUGUUUGUGGAUGUAAUCUAAUCUGCACAACUGCUGUUAUGCAUUUGUUAAGCAGUAGACAUUUUUUUGUAAACCUAUUCCUGUUUUAAAAUACAAAAAAUUAAUUGUUCAGAAACAUUAAGGUUGUUGUGUUAAACAAAUUUGACAAAGAUAUCUCAUCUCAGUAUACAUUGCUAGGUAUUAUGAGAAAUCCACUAAAAAGCAAAGAAAACUUUGCUGCUAGAUUAUUUCAUAUGCACCAUAGUUCCCCUUAUGCAUUCUGUAUACAUGAAUUUUUUUUUAAUUUAUUAAUUUUGUUUAUAAAAUCGUUUAUAAAAAUCUAGCAACUUGACCUUGCUUGGAUUCAUGAAAGCAAGAGCUGUGAGAGACUUAUAGGAAGUUUAUGGAUAGGCAGCAAGUGAAGUUCUGUUAAUGUUGCUGGUGACAAGCAUUGCUCGUUGUGUUCAGUUAUUUGUACCACCAUUCAUAUGAUUUGAAAAUGCACAUAACAAACAUUUGUAGAUAAAAUAAUGUAAAUGUGCCUGUACAUCGUUACAGCUGCAAUUAUAAAUUUAUUUUCUGUUGACAUUAUUUUCCCUUGCACUGCAAAGUGUAACUGCAGCUUACGAAACUGCAUAACUGCUGUGCAUUUACCUCUGUCAGGGUGGACUCAAGGAUAAUUAUUUUGUUAAUAGUCGGAUAUGACUUGAUGGGCAAGCUGGUGUCAAGAUUGUGAAAAGGCUUUACUGCAUAUGAAUAUGCUGAAGUGAUUUUUAUUUUUAUUAUUAUUAAAUUUCAUUUUGUAUUUGCUGCCUCUUUUUUUUUCCCCACCAGUGAGACGGAACUGCUGCAAAACCUGCCUGUUAAGUGAUUUGUGGUGGAAAAGCUAAAGAGACUUCACUGUUGUAGCAUGCCAGAGUGUGAUCAGUAGAGUUUUAUUUUAAUCCCUUUUCUAUUCCAUGUAAAGCUUGUUUUAAGUUACCUCCUCAUGACGGUUUAUUUUCACAAACUACUGAAAAUUACUUAGUCAAAUAAAAUAUAUUCUUUAAAGUCUUUAGUGGCAGGAUAAUUUUUAUGCAGUGUUUUUAAAACAAAAAAACAAGAAGAAUUACUGGGCACUGAGAAGUCAGUUGAAUAGGUCUGCAUGGGGGCCUAAGGCUUGCAUUGUUGCUUACAUAAUGUGCCUGAAAUUUUACGAGUCAUCAUAAUCAAAGACAAUGGUAAUAAAGACAUUUUCGUGAAAUAAACAGUUUCAUAAUUAAUCAGAUAAGAAGUAAGCAACCAGUUUGUAGUUUUCUACUUUUAUGAAAAGUAGAAUACUUGGGAGCUAAAGUGACUUAAUAAUUUUUCUCCCAUGGUCUAUCUUUUUUUCUUUCUUUUCAUGUAGGCAAAACGUUUAUUUCUCAUUCACCUUACUGCAGCAGCAACAACUGUUCAGAGGCAAUUGCCAUAUGUUGUUUGCCUACUAGUCAUUACCUCACUAGCACUGUUUUAAUUUUUUUUCAAUGAAACACAACCAUAAAAAGUGAGCAAAGCUUCUGUCCAGAUGCACUGCAUCGAAGAUUUUUUGUUGAAAAAUUAUUUUUGAAUUAUAGUCUGACAAUAAAUUAAUUUGUGGUUGGAGAAAAUGUGUUACAGGUCUCAGAAUGGCAUUAGGUGAUAGGGAAUACAGCACAUUCCUUUCUUGGGUUUUUGAUUUUUGUUGUUGUUGUUGGGUGAUAGGUGGAUAGGUGAAGGGUUGGGAAGUGUUUUUUUUAAUUAUUAUUCAUGCAGGUAUUUUAAAGCACAGAAGCAAAAAUAUUGUUUCAGUGCACAUGCACAUGUGGGCGAUUUCACAUGAUACAAAUCCAUUGUGGUACUGAACUAUCACCUAAUGGACAAGCAUUUAAGAAAUCACGCAUUUUUUAGAUUGUCCUGAACAUGUUUGGUGAUGUGCCUGUAAUUCCGACCCCCAAGUUUAUGUGCUGGAAGGCACUUAAAAUUGUAGGAGUUAGAUGAUGAUGUUCUUCUACUGUGAUGAAUUAACUUGGAAAUCAUUUAACAAGCAGUUGGGAUAAAAAGAAAUUAUUUUGUCCUUGUUUAAGUUUUACUUAAAAAAGGAAAUAUUUUGAGAGCUGUUUUUUGUGUGCUGUUUGGCUAGUUUUGUUGCAACACCUGAGUUCAGUGCUCUGGUCAGCUUAAGUGCCCCUAAAUAGUCAUUGAUUCAUCACCAAAAAGAAAAGUCAGCAGUACUAUGCCAAGCUUGUCCAAUGCAAAAUAAAACCUGGCCAAGAUGUGGUCGGUAUAUGACUUCAUUUGCAGUGUACAGGCACAGUCUUUCAAUUAGUCCUUUUAUGAAGUCCAGUGAAAAUGCAGUACUUCAGAUAGUAACCGUUUUUGUCAAAACUGCUAUAAUAUACUGGGUAAAGCUAGUCGUUUUUAAUUUAAAUGACAGAUCUUUUUUCUUAUUUGCUAUACAUUGUGUUUUUAUUUAUUUUUCUGGAAAACUUCUUUUAUCAUGCUAAUGCAGUAUCUAUGACUUUAACAGUUUUGAUGUUUGGAUUUUGGCUAGGGUUAAGGUUUUGGUGAAGGGUUAGUGACAACAUGACCAAGAUAUUUGUUAAUUUGGCAACUCCUGUUCACCUGUUCACAAGUGUAGAAAAUAUCAAUUGCCCAAAUUAGUGCUCCCCCCACCUCAAAUAAAAAAAUUGCUUCAUUUAAGAGGAUGUUGUUAAAAGUAUUCUUACAGGUAAGCACUAUCCAUACUGUGUGUACAGGAGUGGAGCAUAAUGUCUGUAAUGGAGCAUCACAUUCUAUAAAAUGUUAUAUCAAACAUAUAAGCUAUCAAAUUAAAAAGAGUGAGAAAAGUGCUGUCUGUAUAAAAACUCUAAAUAAAAAAAAAACUACUGAUAUGUCCACACAAUGUGAGCAAUGUCCCAGCUCAGUAAUCUGGUUAUAAAUCAUAGUUGUCACAGCUAGAUAAAAUGGACAGUAUAGAACAAAAUGUGGAUUGAAUUAAAUAAUAUUUUAUUGUUGUUCAUUCAAACAUACAAACGUUGCAACGGAAAUUUGUUCAGCAUGCAGACUGUAUGGAGCAGAACAUAAAGAUAAUUAUAUAUAUGAAAGAUAAUACACAAGAAAUGAUAAAUCUGUAAGUAUGCCCCAAAAGAGCAGUGUAGGCAUGAACUUUAUGAAACUAUUACUGUGACAGAAUUACGUUUUUCAGAAUUAUUAAUCUGUAUUUAUGUAAAGAGAAGAAGCAGCACAGAGUUUGAUUACUUUGGUGCUAAAAACCAAAAUAGAGACAAUAAUGCAUUCUCAGAAUGGACUUCAUACAAAGUGACAACACAACCUAACUUUUUCGUUUUCAGGGGUGAAAGUCAUCAUUUCCAGUCAUCACAAAAAUUUUGAUAUAAUUUGUUCAUUUGGUUGUACAUAUGUGCUCACAGCAAAAACAAAAAUUGAAAAGAAUUAUUAGUUUUAGUUUUGAUAAAAGUGGAAAUUACCAGUAAAUUGAGAUCUGACAAGCAGAUUUCAGCUAAUUGCAAAUAUAUAAAAAAGUUUCAGCGGUGAUAUGAACAUAAAUAUUUUGUAAAUUUACGCCUGUACUUUUUGCUUUAGAAAUGGGUAAUGUUAUAUGCAUUUUGGGCGUUACUACAGUGGCAUAAUGGACUAAAAUGGCUUGUUCUAAGCUUCUAGAAACCUUCUAGAGGUUCUAGGCAUUAUAUUUAGGGGGGUUUUGUGUAUUUUUUCAGUGUUGGGAUUGUUGUAUGGCAUUCUCAUGAUUUGCUAUGGCCUGUUGAUAAGAGUGCAUAUCUUCAGAAGAAGGCAGUCUGUGACUUGAAAAUUCCCCUGCACACCCAUCAUGUGGAUACCUGAUUUAUCAGGAAAGGUAAUACGUAAGUGAUUGAAAAGAGUUAGACUCUGCCCUACCAAAAAGCAGUGAACCGGUUCACUGACUCUACAGCCAAUAGCCUAUGGGAACCUUUUCCUUCUUAUCUGUCUCACUUGUUAUUGAUCAUGUCACUUGAAGAUCCUUGAUGACAGCUGAGUAAAAAUGAGGCACCUAAAGAGUUCAUAACUGCUGAAGGAUGGCUUAUUAAAAUUUUUGACCAUGAAGAACAGAAUCUCAUCCUUGGGAUGCAAGCUUCAAGAAUAAUGUGCAAACAGGUUUCUGGUAAGUCUGCCAAACACUGUUAUAACUGACAGUUUUAUUCAUGUGUCUGAUAAGAAAGCAAUAUUGGAAAUGCAAUUGAACAUGUAAAUUGAAGUUUUUGUAGGGCUUCAUUAUUAAAUAAAUUUAGGCGUACCUGUGUAUUAAAAA